AUGACUCGAAAAAAAUUAAUUUUAAUUUUUUAUUUAUUCCUUUUUUUGCUUCAAAAUGUUCCUUGUCAAAAAAGUCAAGGAACUUCUGGGAGAGUUUCAAGAAUUAGUUCAAUUUCUGCUGAGUCUAUGCGAAAUUAUGAAUUUUCUGGAUUUAAAACAGAUAGAGUUGUGGCAGAAGAAUAUGUUCAAAAAUUGGUUGGGAAAACCCAAUAUUUUAUGCCUGAAAUGAUUGAAGCUGAUAUUUAUUGUAAUGAUAAAUUAUCGAAAAAAGAAAAGGAAGGGGAGGCUAUAGAAGAACCUGAAAAUUCAAAAAAGGAUUUAAAAGGGUGUAAAUCUAUAACCUCAAAAGAUAAAACUGUUGAAAAAAUAUUGGAAUAUAUUUAUUUGCAAAAAAAGAAAAUGUCAGAGAAUAUGAGAGAACAAUUUGAGAAUGUUUUGAUACCGACAAAUAUUAAAUGCAAAAUUGGGUUCCCUUUACCAAAAAAUAUUUUUGGGAAAGCAUUCCUUCUCGAUUCGGCUUUGUCUUUUUCAGAAGACGAUUUAAAAGAAUUGGUAGUUGGUAAAGAGAAAAUGGUUUACGAGAAAACGAAGGAAAAUGAUGAAGAGGAAAAGGAGGAGGAGGACAAUAAUGAUGAUGAUGACGAUGAUGAUGAUGAAGGAGAUGUCCAAUUAAGUACAUAUGUAUUGUUAGAAGCUAUAUAUAAAGGAAGUAAAGGAUUCGGUAAAAAAGUAGUAUUGAAUUGGGAGAAAAUACCGGAAACAGAAUAUAAAUAUGAAAUUAAAAAAAGACAAAGAUUAAAAGAUAUUGGAAAAAGAAUAUACAAAAAGGCAUCAGAUUUGUUGAGAGAAAUUAUAAAAAGUGUGGAGAAAAAGGUGAACAAGGAUAAAAGAUGGAAAAAUAUGAAAGGAGGGGCAAAAACAUUUUUUAGGAAAUUAAACCCUUUUGGAAAGCCAAAAACAUCUCCUGCAAGUUCUAUACCGAGAGAAGAGGAACCUUUAGGGGAAAAAGCAAAUUCGCCUCUUUUGUCAAAUCGAGAGGAGGGGGUAGAAGAGGAACAACCGGAAGGAGUAGAAGAAGAAUUUAGAAUAUCAACACCCCCUUCAACAGGAAUUACACCAUCACCUCAAACAAAGAGUAAACUGUCAACUUUAUAUUCUUUUCAACAACGUACUGAAUCUUCUUCAAAUAUAGAAAGACAUAAACGAGUCCAUUCUGAAGGUUCAAACAUUCCGGUUAUUCAGACACAUGUAGAGUUGAAGAGUCAAGCAACUUCGGAACGACGUUCCUUUAUUGAGCAAAUUGUUGAAACAGACGAGGACAUUGAAGCUAUUAAAAAAUUGGAAAGAUCCGGAAAGUCAAAAGUAGAUGGUAAAGUAAAAGAAGAAAUUAAAGUAAGAGUUAAAUCAAUUAAAAGGAAAUGGCUAGAUGAAAUAAAUAAAUUAAAAUCCUUUGAAGAGAAGGAGAAUAAAAUAAGAGAAUGGAAGAAAAUUAUUGAAGAUUGGGAGAAAAAAGCUAGGGAAAUUUUUGAUGAGAAAAUUGAGGUAAAAAAGGAUGAAGAAGGUCAUAAAAGGUUGAUUGAACAACAAGUUCACCCAUUCAGAUUCCUUCAGGAAGUAAAUUUUGGAGUAAGUAUUAAACCGUCAAAUAAACGUUUCAACGAGAUUAACGGAGCGGAAUAUGAGGAAAUAAUUGAAUUCCUCAAAAAUCCAAAAAAAUUUCUUGUUUGGCCUCCAAAGAAGAAUCAGAAAAAUGAAAACGAUUCAAGAGGAAGUUAUGAAAAGAAAUCUGAGGAAGAGAUAAUUGAACAGUCAGAACAACAAAUCAAAGACACUGAAAAGGAGGAAAAAGAUGAUCCAUGGGGAAAUCAUAUAAAUAGAUGGGAAAAUAAAUUAAGUGAAAAAAUAAUGAAAUUUAUGUUUUGGGAAAUGAAAAAAAUUGAAAAGAGAUUGGAAAAAGAAGGUAAACUUGUAGAAGAAGAAGAAGGAGAGGAAGAACAAAAAGAAGAAGAAACUCAAAUGGAAGUAUCAGAAAUUGAACUUGUCCCAAUUAGCGGUCAAAGUAGGGAUAAAGGCAAAAAAAUUGAAGAAGAAAAAUCGUCGUCUGAAAAAGCGCCGAUAGAAACAGUCCCUAAUGAUGAAUAUAUAAAUAAAGUAAUUAAUGAAGAAUUUGAAUGGUUAAAACUUGGAUUUGGAAGAAGAGUUUUGGAAAAGUUUAUGAAAAAGGAAAAAAUAAAAAAAUAUAGAAAAUUUAAUAUUAAAGUGUUUGUUGAAUUUAGAGAUGAUUUGUUAAAAAUUGAUAAAGAAAUUGAAAAUUGUCAACAAGUAAAGGACCCGAUACUAGCUGUGUUUAGAUAUGAGGGGAAAGAUGAUAUGGUACAUCAAGAAUUCCGUGGGAGGUCUAAUGGGUGCUCAAAUAAUUGCUUCAGUGUAUAACGCCAAACAAUUAACACAAGAUAUAUUAAGGGCUAUGCUUUUAAGUAUGGUUGGCGCUGGAAUAAUUGCUGCAGCUCUG